UAAUUGGUGUGGUGCCUCUAACACGUAUUGGAGAUGUAGCAUGGUCGAUAAGUGUUGUUUCACUUGUCAGUGUUUGGCACGAAGACAGCGAAAUGGCAUCCGCAUCCCUCUCCGGUCCCAGCAAUCCAUUUCCACCGCCGGUUAACCGGCGACCGAACACUAAGCCGGUAAGCGUACGGACACACCCAAGCCCAAAAUCCAAAUUCGAACCUCCGACAGAGCGAACGACUGCACUGACUGUAAAAGAGAGAGCUCCGAGCAGAAUUGACAUGGCGAAGCUGAAGGAGAGAGAGGAAAGAGAGAGGAAAGAGGAAGUGAACUCCAAGAUAGCUUCCCAGAAGGCGAUAUCCAUAAUACUGAGACGCGAGGCCACGAAGGCCGUCAUUGAGAAGAAGAGGGGACCCAAUAACUCCAAGAAGCUCUUGCCCAGGACCGUUCUUGAAGCCCUUCACGAGCGCAUCACCGCCUUGCGUUGGGAGUCCGCUCUCAAGGUUUUUGAACUACUGCGUGAGCAACUUUGGUACAGGCCCAACUCUGGUAUAUACAUCAAGUUGAUUGUCAUGCUUGGAAAAUGCAAGCAACCAGAGAGAGCCCAUUCCCUAUUUCAAGCUAUGAUUGACGAAGGCUGUGCUGUGAAUCAUGAAUCAUACACUGCGCUUUUAUCUGCAUACAGUAGGAGUGGCCUUUUCAACCAAGCAUUUUCUCUCCUUGAUCAGAUGAAGAACAGCCCUGAUUGCAAGCCUGACGUAUACACAUACUCAAUCUUAAUUAAAUCAUGCCUCCAGCUUUUUGCCUUUGACAAAGUGGAGAAUUUGCUUUCUGACAUGGUGUCUCAGGGAAUCAAGCCCAAUACGAUUACAUACAAUACCCUUAUCGAUGCCUAUGGGAAAGCAAAAAAGUUUUCCAAGAUGGAAUCAACACUUGUGGAAAUGCUCCAUGAAGGGAAAUGUGAGCCUGAUGUCUGGACCAUGAACUCCACAUUGAGAGCAUUUGGAAGUAGCGGUCAAAUAGAAACAAUGGAGAAAUGUUAUGAGAAGUUUCAGUGUGCUGGAAUCCAACCCAACAUCAAGACUUUCAAUGUACUUCUAGACUCGUAUGGAAAAUCAGGGAAUUAUAAGAAAAUGAGUGCCGUAAUGGAAUACAUGCAGAAAUACCACUUCUCCUGGACACUAGUAACAUACAAUAUAGUAAUAGACGCAUUCGGAAGGGCAGGAGAUUCGAAACAGAUGGAGUUUUUGUUUAGGUUGAUGCAAUCAGAGAGGAUAAAACCAAACUGCGUUACACUUUGUUCACUUGUAAGGGCUUACGGGCAAACUGGGAAAGCAGAAAAAAUUGGUGGUGUUUUGCGGUUUAUUGAGAACUCGGAUGUGACACUUGAUAUCGUAUUUUUCAACUGCCUCGUGGAUGCUUAUGGGAUGAUGGGAUGCUUUGCAGAGAUGAAAGGAGUGUUAGAGAUGAUGGAGAGGAAAGGAUGUAAGCCUGAUCAGAUCACAUAUAGAACCAUGAUUAAAGCAUACACGGUCAGUGGAAUGACUAGCCAUGCGAAGGAGCUCCGAGAGUUUUUUGUCUCAGUGAAGAAGACUUCACUAGAUAUGGAGAAGCACAUUCAUUGACGAGAAGUUUCAAGGUUGGACAGUAACCGUACAACAUAAUGUAUGACCCCACAACAUAAUGUAUAGUUAUCUUUUAUCUUUAUUUUAAAAUUUUUUUGGGGGGGUCAAUUUUUUACUUUGUAUGUGAAUUAUGAUGAAACAAAUGACAAGCAGCAAUCCUGUUGAUUUACUUUUCAGUGGACCAAAUAAUCAUGUACAGCCUUGACAUUUUGCUCAGAAAGCCUCUCUUUUCUUUCUAUUUUUC